UGUUCAUCUUUUAAGAGCCUUCAUGCAUCUUCAAGUUGAAAAGAUGCCUUCAAAGUAUAUAUUGCAAAGGUACACUGUCUCAUCAAGAAAAGAUGUACCGUUUGAAAGAAUUGAUAAGAGCUUCAGGGGAAAUGAUGGAGUUACUAAAUCAUAUAGAUAGAAAAUGUUGUUAACGAAAACAAUGAAAGUAGUUCGCCAGGCGUGUAUGUCAAAAGCAGGGUACGACAAGGCGAUGGAUGUGUUGGAUGAGCUCGAUGGCAUUCUAUGCCGAUUAGAGCCAGAUAUUGGAUGUAAUGAGUCAUGUGAUUUUAGUGAUGAUGAGGAAGACAAGGAAGGAGAAUUGAACAAAAAUAAUGCUGGCGAUGGGAUGGAAGAUGACAAUACAAUUACAUGCCAUAAAAUGGAUGAGCAUAACACCAUGACUGGAUGUGAACAUGCGUUAACAUUAAUAACAGCUGGUAACCAGGAGGACAACAUGAGAAUUCCACCUGAGGUUGGUGAUACAAGUUCUCCGUGUCACGUAACACAGGAACAAAUGGAACAUAUUGCUGCAUCCUCAGAAGCUAAAAAGGUGAGCAUUGAUAAAUGA